AACUCUAAAGUGCUUCUUUCUUCUAGAAAAGGGGCUUUCUUGAUUUGCAAAUCUUGAAAAGAAAUUAUUAUUAACAUGGAAGAUGAGUCAGGUUAGUGAUAAUUAAAUUACCUGUAAAGACCAGAUAUAAGGAUGAUUAAUUUACAUGUAAAGACCAGAGAUUAGUGGUGUGGUGUGAUUAAUUGAGUUUUAAAAAGUGGCUUUUUAGGUAGCCGCAUUUUCUUGAGACCCAAACAAGAGAUUUUGAUAUUUGUUGUUAAGACCAUAGGACAGAGCUUUUCGUAAGGGACAUUUCCUUCACUCUCAUUGGCUUUCUCCUUGAGGGGGACCGCAAAUCCAACUUCACUCGUCUUUCUUUAUUUUUUUAUUUCCAUGCUAGUCUUACACAUUUGAAGUCUUGAGUAUUGGUUACAUAAAAUGUAGUGUCGUACUCGGGACUUAAAUUUGAUAGAUAUACUUAAACUUUACGUUCUUAUCUUGAAAAGUCUCAAACAUCUAAAAGCAUUAACUUUGGUUGCCAUCCAAAAUAAAAGUUUGGGAGUUUCAUAACUAGUACCAUAGUUUCACUAGAAUGAAAUUGUGUUUACUAAUAAUUGGGGAAGUUUUAUGAAACAUCGACCAGCAGUUGUUUGUUACCAAUAACAAUUGUGAAAGCUAUAUCAAUAUCUUUAUUACUUAUAGAACUCCGUGAACUAAAACUUGGAAGAUUAAAAAAACUAGAGAGGAACAUAUAUCAAUUUUUGUUUUUGUUUAUUGAUUGUAUGAAAAUUACAAUUUUAAACCUCGUACAAUUUUAAGCCUACUGGUUAAGGUUUAAAGGCUUCUACACCCAGGUCUGGGGUUCGAAUCCCAGACUAUGCAAUUUUAUUGCAGAUUACAAGAAAUCCAGAUUUCAAAUCCCGGAAAAAACGGUUUAUUAAACAAUUAUGCAGACUACAGAAGAAAAAACUUACAGGUGUCGGUUGUCGAAUCGUCUCGUAUAUAUAUAUUCUUAACUACCAUAAUUUGUGUUUCCAAAUAUGUAAUUGUAAACUUUUAUUGGUGCACCGAGAUCUAGAUCAGUUGAACAAUUAUGCAGACUACAGAAGAAAAAACUUACAGGUGUCGGUUGUCGAAUCGUCUCGUAUAUAUAUUCUUAACUACCAUAAUUUGUGUUUCCAAAUAUGUAAUUGUAAACAUUUAUUGGUGCACCGGGAUCUAGAUCAGUUGAAAAACAAUAGUUGUUAUUAUACUUUUAAGGUGAAGAUAAAACUAAACAGCACUUUACGUUGAUCUUGGAAACUUUUUAGAAUUUGAAUUUGUGUGUGUGUUGAGUCGAAAUGAUCAAUAUGUGAAUCUCAUAAUAUAUCUUAGAUCAUCUAUAUGAAAAGGUCUUAGUCGUAACCGUUCUGGUGGACAUGAAUGAAUCAUUCAAUUUUGGACUUUAGAUAACGACAUCAAGAUGUCAAAACCACCAAAGUUUUAUCUCCAUCAUCACAUAUCUAGAGUUUGUGUGAACAUGAGUCUUUCGGUUCUCAUUUUUCACCUAAUUUUGGUUAAAGAACACGAAACGUUGAUGUACACUAUUAUAUGUCGUACUAACAUAUUAUUAACAUAUAAUGUUGGAACUUGAAGUGGAAAGGUAAAGGCUAAAAAGAGGAGGUAGCCGCCAUAAAACUUUUCCACGCGAGCUAAUUAUUUAUUAUUAAGUCGACCAAAAGAGAAGAAUUAUGUGGUCUUUUAGCAUAAAAGCAUAAGUGAUUGAUUAGUUAAGUCUCUUCUUCUCUUUCAAGAUUAAAAAAAAAACAAGAAGGCAGAUCAAAGAAGAUGCUCAAAUUCGACGAACCACAAUGCACAAACCCAUCUUGUUUCUUCUGCAGCAUGAAAGAGCCAAACCCUUUCCGUAGAAGAUCAAAACUCGCCGCUAUUUUCAAAGAGAUUCCUCGUACGGAGUCAAAAGACCAUGUCUUGGUCCUGAGCGGUCUUUGGAACAUAGCCAUGUCCGAGCCUGACGAUCCUGAGUUCCCAUCUCUCGGUUUGUUCGAGUGUAUGUCGAAACUCAUACAGAAAUCAAUCAAGAACACAGCUUGGCUUCUCAAAGACCAAAACAUUUUCAUUCCUUACUACGCAGCUCACAUCAUCGGAUCAUAUGCUAUGAACAAGGAAGAUUUGGCUUCAUUAGCGGUUGAGUCAAAGGUCUCUGUGGUUCCUGCUUUGUUGGAGCUUUUGAGAGGGAGAAUCAGUUGGGUUGAGCAGAGAGCCGCGGCUCGAGCACUUGGUCAUUUAGCAAGCCAUGAGAAGAGCUUUGGAGCCGUUUCUGUGUUCGAAGAAGAGAUUGUGAAGCUUUCGAUGGAGAUAGCUACUACUUGUUUGAAGAAUGUUUACGAAAGCUUUCUUGGGGUUGAAGAUAGCUUGAGGCUCAAGUAUCAAAGCGAUUUGUUGACUAGAGGGCUUGGUGGGUUAGAAACAGAGAAUCAAAAGGCAGAGGAAUGGGGGAUUCAGCUACAAUGCUGGUCUUUAGAUCUAUUGAAUUGCUUCGCCUCGCGAGGUAAGUCUCUUGAUAGAAUCUGCGAGGUAGGUUUCUUGAAGAAAGUGAGUGUAAUGUGGGGGGGUUUAGUAAACCGGAAGUCACCAGGAGGCAUUGGAUUGAUAAAGACUCUGUGCAAAACAGAGUUGGGAAGAAGCAGAGUAAGUGAGGUUAGAGAAGUGAUUGAGAGACUUUGCGAUCUUUCGAGAUCCUCUGAUGAUUGGAAAGAGAUGGCUUUAGAUACCCUUUUGCUGCUUCUUAAAGACUCCAACGUUAGGUAUCGAGUUAUCGAUGUUUUAGGGCAUUGUUUAGUGGAUUUAGCAGAAGAUGUAGUUGCUGGAGACAGAGUAGCUCAAGUAGUUUUACAAGAAUAUCACAAGAUUAAGUAUAGUGGCUUGAAGAUGAGUAGCGAGGAAGCUCAGAGAAGUAUAGAGAGUCUUUGGGAGGUUAAAGUAGAGAGGAAGAAGAAGGAGAAGCUUAUGAGUGAAACAGAGCUUGAAGAGAGAAGAAAGAUGGUGAAGUCGUUGAAGAAACAGGGGAAGAAGAAGUUUUUAAUGGGUUUUGUUGAAGAAGCGAUGGAGAUUUAUACAGUAGGGAUCGAUUUGUGUCCGUUGUAUAUGAUAAGAGAUAGGGUUGUGUUGUAUAGCAACAGAGCUCAGUGUUGCUUGUUGCUGAAGAAAGCUGAGUCCGCCAUUAGUGAUGCCACGAGAGCUUUCUGUUUAUCUGGUGUGGAUGAUCCUCAUGGUAAGAGUUUGUGGAGGAGAUCUCAAGCGUACGAUUUGAAAGGGUCGGCGAGAGAGAGCUUGAUGGAUUGUUUGGCGUUCGUAGAUCAACGGAUCCAGCAUUCGAGUACGGAGAGAGUACCGUACUACGCGGCACAGAUGAUUAGAAAGCAGAUGAAAGACACGUGGGCUUUCUCAGGGUUUGACUCAAAGACCUGAACAAAGCAUAACUACUGCACGAUGUCGUUUGCCGCUCAGACUAGCUGACCUGUGUUAUAGAAUUGAUAAAUCUACUAUAAAAGUAAUAUGAAAUCCUUGAUAUAUGUUUGAAAGUUUUGAAACUUCUAACAUAUAUCUCAAACAAUUAUUAUAUUUUUAAGGAAUGAGUCUAAAUCCAAAAUUUGAUGUAUAAUAAUUUUUUAGUUAAGCGUUUUAUCGUCCA